AUGAGCUCGAGCGGGGGCGAUGCGAAGCUGUUCGCGAGGGGCAAGGUCAGCGAGCUUCGUAUGGAGUUGCAGGGCGGUGGCAAGAAAGACAAGAACCAUUCCGCAAAGAAGAUCACGCUGAAGAAGAUAGUCGCCAAUAUGACCAUGAGCAAUAACGAUAUGAUCGGUCUCUUCCCGGACGUUAUCGGUUGCAUGACCAUACCGAGUCUGGAGAUCAAGAAAAUGUGCUUCCUAUUUCUUGUCAAUUACUCUCGAACAAAGCCAGAGGUAGCGCUGAAAGCGUUGCCUCUGCUACUUACUGAUAUGAGUGAUAGCAACCCUUUGAUCCGAGCCCUAGCCCUACGAACGAUAUCAUACAUUCAUGUCAGAGACUUCGUCGAGGCAACCGUUCAGCCACUAAAGCAUCUAAUGUCCGAUGCAGACCCGUACGUGCGCAAAACGGCUUCGUUUGCAGUCGCCAAAUUAUAUGACCACGACAGAAGACUGGUUGAGUCGUCAGACCUGAUUGAACGAUUGAAUAAUAUGCUACAAGACGAGAAUCCAACGGUCGUAUCGAGUGCGUUGGCCGCGUUGAUAGAUGUUUGGGAGCGGAGCGAAUCCAUCACUCUGACAAUUGACUAUACCAAUGCCUCCAAGAUCAUUUCCAUUUUGCCAGAUUGUUCAGAGUGGUGCCAGACGUACAUACUCGAGGCCUUGAUGUCUUAUGUUCCCCGAGAAUCUUCAGAAGCUCUCCUCCUAGCUGAACGAGUCGCACCCCGACUCUCACAUUCCAACUCCUCUGUCGUCUUAACGUGCAUCCGCGUUAUAUUAUAUUUUAUGAACUACAUCUCGGACGAAAAACAAGUCACAUCCCUCUCCCGAAAGCUUUCUCCACCUCUGGUCACUCUGUUAUCCAAGGGACCUGAAGUCCAGUACCUGGCACUGCGUAAUGCGAUUUUGAUCUUACAGAGGCGGCCAGAGGUGUUGCGCAAUGACAUCAGGGUGUUCUUCUGCAAAUAUAAUGAUCCCAUAUACGUCAAGGUGACUAAACUAGAGUUGAUUUUUAUGUUGGCCACUAAGGAUAAUAUCUCGGUGGUUUUGACCGAGCUUCGAGAGUACGCUACCGAGAUCGAUGUUCAUUUUGUACGAAAAGCCGUACGCGCGAUUGGAAAGCUAGCGAUUAAGAUAGAAUCCGCGUCAAGGCAGUGCAUCGAGACAUUGCUGGAGUUAGUCAAUGCUAAAAUCCCAUAUAUCGUGCAAGAAGCUACAGUCGUGAUCCGGAACAUCUUUAGGAAAUACCCUAACCAGUACGAAUCAAUCAUCAGCACUGUCAUCCAGAAUAUCGAUGAAUUGGACGAGCCAGAAGCCAAGGCUGCCGUUAUAUGGAUCAUUGGUCAGUAUGCAGACAGGAUUGAUAACUCAGAUGUUUUCCUACAGGAUUACCUGGCUACCUUCCACGACGAACCAGUAGAAGUGCAACUAGCGCUCCUCACAGCUACUGUCAAGCUAUUCAUCCAGCGUCCCACAAAGGGCCAAGAACUAGUUCCGCAGGUCUUGAAAUGGUGUACUGAAGAGACGGAUGACCCUGACCUUAGGGACAGAGGCUUUAUGUACUGGCGCCUCCUCUCUACCGACCCAGAGACAGCUAGAAAGAUUGUCAUGGGCGAAAAACCACCUAUAACAGCUGAUAGAGAGAAACUUGACCCAAGGACCCUCGAGGAACUAUGCCUUAAUGUCGGCACUCUCGCAACAGUCUAUCUCAAGCCAGUCCAACAGGUCUUCCGUCUCGCAAGACCAAAACGGCUCGCUCCAAGUCCUGCUCUCCAACAGCCUACCUACCAGGACUCUUCAGAUGCUCCAUUUUACAUCCCACUAUCUACUCUCCUAUCACCCAGCCAGGAAGUUGAUAACUCGAACCCUCAGCCCAUGGCACAAAGCCCCAACAUGGCACAGAAACCAGAUAUCAGUGCUGCUGUAAAUGCUGCGGACAUCUACUUUGCCGGAAUCGGGAACGACCAGGUAGCUGAUCAAAUGGCAGCUAUGAGCCUAGGGGGCGGUGGUGUUCAUGGUGGUGAUAUGGUAGGAACCGCACCAGAAAGCCAGUAUAUUGUUAGCCAGAACCAGCAGCAGGCGUAUCAGCACAACAUGGGCGGCGCCACAGGAGAGCUACUACUUAUAUAA